CAAUAUGCCGUUAAAGCUCUGAUAAGAGCUGCAGCUUCACCGACGAAUCAAGAACCCUAGGAAAAGGAAGGAGAAGAUGUCAUCGUCAGCAUCAUCAUCGUCUUCAUCUCCAUCGAGGAGGAAAGCCUUAUUCAUAAGCUCACUCAUAAUCCUAUGGUACUCAUCCAACAUUGGGGUCAUUCUUCUCAACAAGUUCCUGCUCUCCAACUAUGGCUUCAGCUUCCCAAUCUUCCUCACAAUGUGCCACAUGUCUGCUUGUGCAAUUCUCAGUUACGUCUCCAUUGUUUUCUUGAAAAUUGCGCCUCUGCAGGCCCUUAAAUCUAGGGCUCAGUUCCUCAAGAUUGCCACUCUCAGCAUUGUAUUCUGUGCCUCUGUUGUCGGUGGCAACAUUUCGCUUCGGUAUCUCCCUGUCUCCUUCAAUCAGGCCGUCGGUGCAACCACGCCGUUUUUCACCGCCGUGUUUGCUUAUUUGAUGACCCUUAAGCGGGAGGCUUGGGUCACCUAUGUUGCUCUUGUACCAGUUGUUGCCGGGGUCGUGAUUGCAAGUGGGGGUGAGCCAAGUUUCCACUUGUUUGGAUUUAUAAUGUGCAUAAGUGCAACUGCUGCAAGGGCAUUCAAAUCUGUUCUUCAGGGUGUCCUACUUUCCUCUGAAGGGGAAAAGUUAAACUCCAUGAAUCUGUUGCUGUAUAUGUCUCCAAUUGCAGUUCUAGUUUUAUUGCCUGCUGCACUUAUAAUGGAACCCAAUGUGUUAGAUGCCACCAUUUCACUUGGGAAGGAGCAUAAAUUCAUGUGGAUGCUUCUUUUGGUGAAUUCAGCAAUGGCCUAUUCGGCCAAUUUGUCCAACUUCUUGGUGACCAAGCAUACAAGUCCUCUGACACUCCAGGUACUAGGCAAUGCAAAAGGAGCCGUGGCUGUUGUCAUAUCAAUACUUAUAUUCCAGAAUCCAGUGACCGUUGUUGGGAUUUCUGGCUACACAAUUACCGUUCUUGGGGUUGUUGCUUAUGGGGAAACCAAGCGGAGAUUUAAAUGAAUUUUUUGUUGUUUUUCCUUCUUGACUUUUUCUUUUUUCCCUUUUAUCUACAAGAGGGUAGGUGUUGUAAUUUUUGUUAUUAAUCAACUCUCUACUAGAUUCUGUUAGUGAUUUAUUUGAUUUGAGAGUAAUUUAUAUUUUUCAGUUGCCUUU